UUCGCUGUAACUUUGACAGGUGGGUGGGCCGCGACGUUUAUCGAUGUAAAUAUGGAUCUUCAUCAACCACAGCUGAUCGCCGAUUGCCUCAUUCACACGUUUUCUUUCCUGACCGAGGAGGAUUUGAUCCGCGCCUCCGCCGUGUGUAAAGAUUGGAAUGAAGCUGCAGAGACUCCUUGGUUAUGGAGGAGGAUGUGCCUGCAGCGCUGGAGCUUCUGUAACCUUUCCGUCCUGGGGAGUGAACAGGUGAGUCGCUCGUGGAAGAAAUACUUCCUGCGGCGUUGCCACCUGGAGAUGAAGAUGGCGAAAGGCAGCUCGGAAGGUUACACCUGCAAAAGCCUCCGAGGACACACAGGCAGGGUGGUGGGACUCGAAUACCUGCAGGGAAACUCUGCUCAGCAUCCGGACAUCUGGAACAGCAGCUCCACGGUGUGCAGCGCCUCCUCCGAUGGGACGAUCCGGGCGUGGGACAUCCAGAAGGGUCAGCUCCUGUGGUUCAGCCCCGCGCAGAGCCCCUUGACGGCGAUUGCGAGCGACGAGCAGUGCGACGUGGUGAUCUCCGCGGACUCCGCGGGCCACGUCAAGACGUGGGAGGGACGUACCGGCCAGGAGGUGGCCUCCUUCUCCACUGCGUCCGCACGCUGCGCGCUGCUUCAGUACAACGUCGGCAGCGACUGGUUUCUGACCGUCGGGACCAGUCAGGGAUCCGUGUGCACGCUCGCCGGCUCGGCUCUGGCUCUAAAGUCCAGCGUGGUGGUGUGCGGCGGCUUUAAAGUGGACACUUUACUAGUUUCACCGGACAGGAAGUGGAUCAUUGCUGGAUCCAACGACAACACGGAUUUGAGUCCGAAGGUGAUCCACGCGGAGAGUUUAACCUCGCCGUCGGAGGACAAAGACCCUCUGUGCCAGUCCGUGCCGGUCACCGGGUGCCAGGCCGCCGUCUUCAUGCCCACCCAAGCUGCCAGGCUGGCCCUCGUCCACCAGGGGCCACGCGGCACAGCCCUCACCGUCUUCGACGUCGCAAUUCAAAAGACCAAGUACAAGUCAGAGAUCCUGGGUGAGGAGCGAGAUGCGUGGCGCCUGACGCUUGGACCGUGGGAACACCGCGUCCAGCAGGUGGAGUCCUUCCCCUUGACGCUGACGUCGUGGUCCCCGCGCGUCCUUCUCGCAGCCAAGGACAGCGACGUCUUGGUGCUGGCCGCCGGCCUGGAGCUGAGCGUCUACUCCCUCAAAGGCGCCCUGCUCGCCAGCUUCAAAGAGCACACCAUGCCCAUCUCUUCUAUGUGUGUGGAUAGCUUCCGCGUGGUGACGGCCUCCCAGGACCUCUCCUUACGAGUGCUGACCUGGAGGAGCGACGGGGGCCCCGGGUGGACCCUGGAGAGCAAGUACCACCUGCUGGGAGGCUCUCACACCGUGUCCAGGGGCCUCACCGCCGUCGCCUGUGACUACUCCAGCAUUGUGGCCGUGGCGGAAGGGCAAGACGGGAAAGACGUCCUAAAGGCGUAUUCUUUCACCUCCUGAGUCCACAAGCAGCUCGCACGACCCACAGGAAGGAGGAGCGUUUUAUUUUUAUUUUUUAUUAUCAACUGUUUGUUACAUAUAUGCAGAGAAACUCUAUGUAAUGGGAAAGGCAUUAAUACA